UCGCACACUAUACUUAAUUGCUAUAUAUUCUCCCUGGCUGCCAUUCACUUUUUGAGAGUCUAUCCACAACUUUGUAUAAGGAACAACCCUGCUUUAAAGGACGGAUUACCUUGCUUCAGUUUCUGGUGAGCCGUUUAAGAAUAUUCUAAUUCACUCGUCUUUAAACUCUCUUUACUGUUCUACGUAUCAUUUCAUUUCUCGCCAACGAACUACAUUUUUAGUUACGUAUCGUAUAGGAAUUAUCCACUUCUUAAAUCAUUGUACCAGCCUCUUUAUGCACUUCUACUUGCCGCAGCAGGUCAGCACAGUCAUGAACUCGACUUUAGGGAGGCAAAAUUUCUAUCGUUUGAAUUCUAUUUUCAUCCUCUGUUUUGUACUGAAUGAUACCCUUCCACGGUCUGGAAAGGGCGCCAUAAAAUUUGGAAACUUAAGAAACAAACGUUUGUAAAAUUCGGCGACUUUUUGCAUUAUAUCUUCGUUAUUUUUCUACAGAUCAUGUUCAAAGUUGUCAUCUUUACUAAUUCUCGUUAUUUUUCAGAUUCUUUUUAGCCGUGUUGACGGAUUUUCGCUAACUGGUCCUACUCAAAAGUUGAAAAAAAAAAUAAUGAAAAUAAGAAUCUUUAUGGAGAUAACGUUUUCAUACAAAGUAGUUUUCAAAUACGAUCUCAUAAGGUUAAAAACUCUUGACAAAGUACACACAAUCAACCAUAUUGUUGGUCUGAGAACAAAAGCGGUUCUCUUCUUUGGGAAUUAAACUCCUUUUUCGUGCAAAUUCUUUAAGAAAUAAUUCUAUUGUAUUGACCACCAACAUGGCGGCCUAGUCACGUGGUCGCAAACUAAGAUGUACUCUUUAUCCCUCUUGAGUCAAUGUGCGUGUUUUCACUUUUCUUGGAGGAAAAUUCUGGUACAAAGUAAAUUCAAAAGCAGCCGUGUUCUACUAUAUGACAGUCAGAUUUUCAUUUUUUUCCACCCCGGUUAUGCUAAACUUCUUUAAAACCAGAAUUAUUAGUCGAGAAGUUGCGCUUUUAUAUAUCGAUGAUCCCAAUGACCGCUUUUGACUACUAAACGCAAUGUGUCCAUGAAUAUUUACGAUAGGUCUUGAAUUGCCAUCACACGACUUAGUUAUGUAGUUAUCCUGUGUAAACUGUAUUUACAUAACAUUUUGCCCUCUGCAGUCCGACGUUUUAAGAGUAAGAGAAUCUUUGUCAAUCCCACAAUUGUUUUGACUGAAACAAUUACUUUUUUUUUCUUCAAGAUAUUUCAAGUUUGGCUUGCACACAUCUUGGUACGCAUCGUAGAAAGGUAAGUGGCAAAUCCUUUGAAUCUUGAAACGUAAAUCGACGUGUAUGUUUUUUUUUUCUUUUUAAAGUUCAUUAAGGCCGUAACUGAUCAUAUAUAUCUAGCCGAUGUUUUGAAAACCAACCAAACGAAGUUUGCAGUCGUUUGAGUAAAAAAGCAUCAAAAGGCACGUUUCUUGAGCCCGAGAAGCUCCAAAAUCACAGUAACGAAGGAAAAAGGAAUAAAAGAAAGAGCGAGGAGAAGGAAAGGAGGAGAAGAGAAAAAAAAAGCAAUCGUUGCACUCUUGGUUUUAUAAUAGCUACUUUAGAGAUAGUUUUUGGCCGAAAAAAACUGUUCGACGCAAAAGGUCCAUUUGGCGAUAACAUUAUCAAAAAUCCGGCUAGAUAUAGUUAAAGGACGAUCUCCACAAGAUGGUUAAAGUCUUCUUAUUCUUCAUGAUUCUUGAGCGAUUUCAGAUUUUUCGUUCGAAGGUUCCAUGGUUCGAUGGUUCAAUCAAUCUGUGACUGCAGCGCUGUGCAGUCAGCGGUUUCUUAAGCAAGUGCUUAGCUGCCGCGCCUGUUUUUCUCUUAGGAGCAACCCGCCAUUUUGUUUUGCUCUCAUGUAAGAUCUGUGCAGAAAUCGUAGUUUAUCGGAUGUUUGCUGUCUUUUUAAACGGCCUAAACGGUAAGAACAGUUCAAGAAGUAUUGUACGGAACAUUUUUGCGGUUUAUUUUUUUUAUUCUAGGUUUCAAGAUUAGUUAUAGCGAGUAUUCUUUUGUCACACAGAUUGUUAUCUCGGGAAUCAGGAUUGUAAGUUACAUAAGUGAACGGCAUGUGCUGUACAUCUACCUGACCUUUGAAUAAGCAAGUUUUGGCCUUUACGUUGUUCGCAACUCAUCUCAUCCUGUGUACGAUGAUUGUUCGAUGAAGAAACAGCCUAUCAGCACUGCUGUUGUUUUAGAAUUUCGUGAAUUAUUAAAAUGAAUUACAAAAUGGUAUUGAAACCUUAGCGAGUUAUAUGAAUGUAAGCAUAUUUGUCAUCGUGAUCGGUUCAUUUUUUAUAUUACGCUCUGAGUGUUUCAUAAUGCCAACAAGUCUAAGUUAUUGACUUUAAUAAAAAAGAAUUCAUAUGUUCAACUGUUCUACAAACUGUCUUUGUCCUGUUCGCAUAGCAACUAACGGCAGCACUUCCCUUCUCAAUGAGAACUUCUAGUUUAUCAUUUGAUUUUUUUUCACUGAUCUCGCAAAUGGUAAUUUUUAUAAAAUAAUUUGACGACUCGAUCUACUUCAUUCCGCGGUUUUAUUUUACGAAAUUCAUGUGUUCAUUACUUCAUCUUCAUCUUUCCCGGGUAUACUACGAAAUAAUUUAAUGUCCAGCUCAAGAUCCCAGUUGGCUUGCUGCGUCACUUAGUUAGACCCCUGCGCCGGUAUCACAGAGGUCAGAGUUCGAAUCCCGGCAAGCGUGAUUUUCUUAGGCUUUGUUUUCGCAACUGCAUGAGUUGCGUCUUUAAUUGUAAUGAUCUUCUUUGCAUUUAUUUCGAUUUACUUCGUUUUUAUUGAUUUACCAGUCUUGACUCGCGACCUACUGUUUCUUAAAUUUAAUCGCUUGUUCUCAGCUUAUCUUGUUUUUAAUUGGCUAACAAACUCUUUAAAUUCAAACUCUACCUUGCCGUGAAGAUUUUUAAUUUAAUUGCCACCGUAAAUAAAUUCCGCAGCUGUAACAAGGCUUCGCCGGAUUGCUGGGUUGGGAAAACAAUUAACGAACAAAGUUAACAAUGGAACCUUUAGCCCUUAAUAAAAAGAGCUGCGGCAUACAGUGGUCCAGUGAAAUAGAGUUUUUAGGGAGGUGCAUGCGAGGGAAUGCUGAUAAAUUUUAAAGCUGACGGAUCAAAUGCUACUGCUCCUUAGGCAAGAGCGAGUGACUCUCUUGACAUCUGGAGUGCUCGCUCUCACGAAGGGCGAGCUAGUUUGUUUAGGUUUUGACACCCCGGGAAGCUUCACUGAACUUUUCUUUUCACCACAAAGAUUAGCACGGUUAUGUUUAUUGAAGGAAGUUAAGCCAACUCCCGAUCGAUUGCGAGAUGAUAAACUUCUUUAGGUAACCGUUGAUAACAUGUUUCCACUACUAUGGCAUUCCCGCUAAAAUGACUCGUAGUAGAAUGAAAAGGCUUCCCCGAUAAGUUUUUCCACCAAAAUGACGCUGGUUCACGCACGCACACUACUUAGUAUUGAGAAUAUCUUGUUCUCGUACAGCCAUCCGCCUCUUUAGAAUCUAAAGGUCUCUAUUGACUCAAUAUCAACUCAGUUGUCAUAGCUUGUCAUAACUAAAUCUUUCUGUUUUCACUUCCCCACUGACACAGCCCAAAGUUUCUUUUGAAACCAGCUCGUUCAUUAUUUUAUGGAUAGUUUGUUUUAUUUCACAUGUGCAGGUCAUGAGAAGUAUUUUUGCAUGGGGAUGUUUGGUGGCUGUCCUUUUUAGGCCUGGGUUAUCGGACGUAUACCUACAUUGUCCACCAGGAUCAAACAAUCGACUGAACGAUGCAAAUCAAGAUGUAAAUUCCCACACAAGAGUCAGGCUGUUUGAUUCACAGGUAGAACUGCAUCUUUACGCAAUAAUUUAUACAUGUGUUCAUCCCGUGUAAGGGAAUCCGGACUUUGGAAUUUAAGGUGCGAUUCCUGAAAGGCUGAUUAGGGCUUAUCCAGGAUUAAAAUUUUGUUCCGUUUUUGUAUUUUACCGUCCUAAAUGUAUGUAUUGCUUAGAGCAACAAUUUGCUUUAUAAUAACUGUAUCUCGGAGGAUUAAAGGCUCAACAGUAUUUUGUAAGUUGGAGUUGCAUGUUCUUAGACAAGAAAACCAUGCUUAAAGUUGGGCUAAAUCCCGGGUUAAACUUAACCAUCUUUCGAGGAACCGGCUGGAAAUUACUUAUGUGGAAUCCGGAAUCCUCAGGGCUUCGGAAUCCGGAAUCCAAGUUCCACUGACAAUCUAGAAUCUGGAAUCCGAAACCCAUGGCAUGGAAUCUAGAAUUCAAGAUUGCAGUAUUGGAUUCCCUUACAUGAACGUGUAAGGCCCGUUCUGGUCACAUUUAUUACUGACAACAAAAUUACACCGCGACGCCAAAUUUUUUGCCAGUGCAGCACUCAUGAUGGACCCUUUGUGUAUUUUUGUCAUCACUGCUGAUCGAAUGAACGUUACUUGUUUCAGCGUGUCAGAAGAUACUGUCAAACCAGUAGCCUAUUACCGGUCAAACCGCAGUUAAUACGGACAAUGAGAGGCCCAUAGAAUGUGUCGGUAUUAAGAAUGGUUAAAUUUAGAGAAAAUGUUUCGUUUUCCAGGGACAAAGCAAAACUGUCCGUAAUAAUGAAGUGUCCGGAUUAAGCGGGUGUCUAUACUAAGCGGGGUUUGACUGUAAUUAUUUUUAGCAACAUUAAUUAAUACUUUUUUUAUUCAAGUCUGGUUGUUUUAUGAUAUAAUUCUAAGAAAAAAAUUUUCAUUCAUAUCAUGAAUCAUUUUUCACUGGUACAAAAUCUGAAAGGAGUCAGUAGUCUGUGCGAAAGUUAUGAGAUUUUCUGGUCUGAGGAGAUUACGAAGCGGUUUCAAGACUUGUACACACACAACUCGAACCCUUAUUAAGCAUGACAUGCCUGCCCAAAUGAACAGCCCCCUACCCACUAUCUUGAGCGUAUCUUGAGCGUCUACGUCCCGUAAUACGCAUGCUGGCUUGAAGAACGAAGACGCAGAGCCGGUUGGUCUCGAGGUACAAGAGCUUCACCGAAUGCUAGUAAAAGAGAGCUCACGCGCGACACGCGCGAGCUGGGAAAUUCGAUUGAUUUCUGUCAUGGCAUUCUAUAUGGGCUGGUGUAGUCACAAAUAUAAUAAUUGACCGCAAAUGUAAUAAUACAGUCAAAUACUAUCCAAACCGUAUACACUCGAAAGAGCACCUCCCUCAAUUUAAUUCGGACAACAGUAAGCACAGAGGCGAGCUUUAAAAAAUCUAAAACACUAUUCUAUUGCAUUUAAGCCGCGGAGCUCUUUCGAAAAAUACAUUAUUCUACAAAUGAUUCAUUUUUACGCUAUUUCCGAUCAUUGUGACAAAUAGACCUUUAUACCGAUACGGCGGCUAUAUUGAAUUAAUUCGAUUUAAGGAGUAUUAUAGGAUGCCCAGGGGGCAUGAGCACAUUUCGUUUGUAUUUUCGAGCGCUUUUCGGGACAUUUUUCUUAAAGUUUUCUUAGAAUAAGAUUGUAAUGGUAAAAAAGAUCCUUGUGCCGUGUUUGGAUGUAAUAAUGAUCGCCUUUUUCUAGUUUAGUAUUAGAAACAUGGUCUUUCACUGUAAAUUUCUCCGGAAAAGGGCGAUCAUUAUUACAUCCAAACACGGCACAAGGAUCCUUUUUCCCAUUAGAAUCUUAUUCUAAGAAAACUUUACGAAAAAAUGUCCCGAAAAGCGCUCGAAGAUACAAACGAAAUGUGCUCAUGCCCCUGGGCAUCCUAUAAUAUUCCUUAAAUUGAAUUAAUUCAAUAUGGCCGCCGUAUCGGUUAAACGGUCUAUUGGUGAGCAUGAUUUUUUAAUGAACAAGACGCCUAAAGUCGUUUCCGUGGGAUGCGUUGGCCAUGGAAGCAUAAUGGCGUUCCAUCUGAAUUUGGAAAAAUUAGGGAAACCGGAAAGAUGUGUCACGUUAUGAGCACGCAGUCUACUAUUUCUCCCUAAUCCACAUCCCCUUCUUGCUUCCUCCCUAUCCCCUUCCACUUUCGACACCUGCUACGCAAGCUAAAUUUAUAGUUGUCGGUGGUCGCAAGGAUGGAGUUGAUCUUGUUUUGAUCUAUCGCUAUGUAGUUAUUUUCGUAGCACGAUUGGAUAAAAAAAGAAGUUAUUUUGCAUCAAAACAAGGUUUACCCGUGUAACUUAAAUUGGAAUGUUGACGGAAACAAGUAAUGGAAAACAUGCGCAUAAUGCUCUCUGAUUAACCUGAACAGGAACUACAUGUAUAAAGAUAGGUCAUAUCUUGGUAGUAAGUUGCCACAGGUAACUUUUUCAAAGAGAAAUAAACAUUGUAGUUUUAGGUUAAUGGAACAAGCCAAAACAAAACAUCCGCUUGCUUUAUCCAGGUUGAACCCAGGGUUACAAAGUUCGAUAAAAUUCCAAUAUUUUAAUCCAAGAUGAAAGUUUAAUAUUCCAAGAUGCUCUUGAUACGGUUAAAAAUUAAUUGCAACGUGUUUCCAAGGUCUCAAAGUUAACAUAGUUGUCAUAGUUCCAAUGAUUAUCCCUGAUCCCAAGGAAAAAUAAGUUUCCUAAGGUCCUGAUCCGUGUCCCAUCCAGAAGUCCAAUCCAUACCAAAAGCGAGUCGUCGAUCGACGAGGACAAUAUUUUCGCAAUUUCAACGGCAAUCGACAAGGGUACGAGUUGAAAUUUAGGCGAUUUAACCUCCCAUCGUCAAGGUGUUUUCGAUAAAAAAAGAAAAAAACUGAACUCUAGCUGUGCUCGGCAAAAACUGACGAACCCCGAUCGGAAAUCAUGGCCCGCGACCAGACGCUACUAAAACCUUAUGAAUAAGCUACACCGAAAUAAAAAAGAAUCAUGAAGGGAAGAAAUAAUUUGGCUUAGGUCGCCUUUCGUGACUUGCCAGUAUCUCGAAGGAUUUCGCUAGUUAACAAGCCAUCCUAAACCACGUGUGGAAAAACUCAAGGGCGACAAAUUUGGCAAGGAACGUUCUGAUUUCGACUUUCUUCAGAGGAAGCAAAUCGAUUAAAAAUCGAUACAGAUUUUGUACAAUCUGAUUGGUGGGCUCGGAAGAAGAGAUAAUCGAUAAAGAUUUUAGGCAAUCCUAUUGGCUGGCUCUGCAAUUUUGGGUACAACCGAACCGGAUUUUUACCGUGGGAGUGCCACAGGCAUCCCACGGAAUGAAGUUUAAUUAUUAAACUUACAUCAAUAUGCUUGAAGCUCAUAUCGGCAACGACAAUUAAUAUUUUCGGCUCCUGACAUAUUAAAAGGUUCGAGAAACAAAAAUUAAUAAGCGCUGCUGUAUUGCUGUAAAGUACGGCUCUCUCGCUUAAAACUUGCGAUGGGUUGAAUGCGGGAGAAAGAUAUGCUUAUUCUAGCCAAAUUACAGUAGAUUAAAAAGGUAAAACGUGAAAAAACUAGAUACAUAUAUCUGACAUAAAAUAUCAUAAAAAGUUGUAUUUAAAAGUUAAUCUAUUUACAAGUGUGUUCUUACGUGUAUAACGUUCGG